AUGGAAUCAACGAUUUCAUCUCUAAUGGAUGAAAGAAAGGUAAUUCGAUUGGCGCUCAAGAAGAAAAAGAACGAGUUUAAAAUGCUUGCAACUAGGGAGAAUCCGGAGGGUGUAGAUAUGUUUCAGAUUACGGCUUUGAAGAACAUAAUAAAGAUGAAAGAUGAAGAAAUUCGAGCUCUAAAGAAAAAGCACACAGAAAAUGCUAAAGGAUUACAAGGUAGCAGUAAUUCUUCUGGCAAAGGAACGUUAGAUUCAGCAAAGACGAGCGGAAUCAGGCUCAACGAGGAACAACAGAAAAGUGGCGAGAAUCAGUCAGUUGAAUGGUCAAAUGAUUCUGAAACCCGAAAAGAGUUCAACCUCGAAGAUCACCCUAGAAAUCUUAAUCAGACUGUCGAAGUUGGCCAUUCCAGGGAGGAAGAAACAAAGAACGAGCAACAAGGAAGUUUAACAAGCACAAAGGAAGGAAGUUAUGAGCAUGUUAAAAAUCAAAUGCAGUCUGAAGGUGCAAAGGAAAGGAAACAGAUUUCUGAUGAAAACAGCAAACAAUUACAAGACCGAAAAGUGAAUGCAGAACAUAACAUGGAAGUGAGGUACGAGAAUGAUAAGGAACAAGAAUAUGAAGAUGAUGAGGCUGAAGAAGACACUCAUCAACUAGAAAUAGAUAGAGAUGAUAUCACAACAUAUUUGGAAACAAAUGUUGAGGAGGCCGACUCAGACGAGCCUGAAUUUUAA